CUUGCAUGCUCACAUGAAUCCUCCCAAUUCUCCCAUUCCUCAGCCUCCGCACAGUGCCGGAUUAGCAUUUAAGGGUCUGCGAGCUGCCAUCGACCCUCAGUCUAUACCGUCACCCAUCGACGCAAUAGAGGAAGACAGAGAGAAAUGGGAGGAUCAGCCCUACGGUACUCUUCCUGGUGGCCAGGCGCCGCUGUCCACCACAGAUUACGUUGCUAUUGAUCAAGGCAACUCAUCUCCGAAGUAUAUACGCGUCUCGACUUGGAAUAUCCCAAGCACUUCUCGUCUGGCCUCGGACUGCGAGAUACCUAUUGUUGCCGUCAUCCAACCGUUCGCAGACCAAGACCCCCGAGAAGAGCCUGUGCCGUUGGUAGAGACGGGCGACCUCGGGCCUGCUCGCUGUGCGAACUGUCGUGGGUACAUUAACCCUUGGUGUAAGUGGGUUUCCAAUGGCGAACGCUGGAAGUGCAAUCUAUGCGCGCACGAGACAGAAGUUGCUCCGGAGUACUAUUGCAAUCUGGAUGCCAAUCUCGCUCGACUUGAUCAUCUGCAGAGGCCUGAACUGAACAAGGGCACUGUUGACUUUGUUGUUCCUGACGAAUACUGGGCGCCACACCCUCCUCCCAAAAUCGCGCCGUUGUAUCUGCCCCUUGUGCCUUUGUCGAAUUCUGGGAACAGACAGCCUCAGCCAAUGUCAUAUGUGUUCGCCUUCGACGUCUCUCUAGAAGCGUUUCAAUCCGGUUUCACUCAGGCUGCGUGCACCUUUCUGCUUGAGUUUCUAUAUGGCCGUGAAACCGAGGACGGGCAGAAGAUCGAGCCAUGCUUCCCAGCAGAUUGCAAGAUCUGUAUCAUUUCCUUCGAUCGGACUAUCCACUUCUAUAAUCUCUCACCUCAAGAAGCGGACAAUGCACCCAUGCUUGUGCUACCAGACGUAGACGAUGUCUUUGUACCCUUACGGGAUGGCCUUUUCGCUGACCCACGAGAGUCGCAACGCAUCAUUACCGACCUACUAUCAAACAUGGCCAAUCUCGAAACCCAUGUUCCGGAGCCGGACGCUGCGUUAGGUUCUGCUUUGACCGCUUGCCUCGGAGCUCUCACAGGCCUUGGUGGACAGGUGGUUCUGUUCGCUGGAGUCAUCCCUACUACAGGCAUCGGCGCAUUGCAGCCGGUCGUUGACGAGUCGACAUUGUUUGGCACGGACAAAGAGAAGACGCUCUUCGUCCCUCGUGGAGGGUUUUGGAGAGAUCUAGCUGUACAAUGCACCGAGGAAGGGAUCGGAGUCAAUAUGUUCCUUGGCAUGAGCAGGCCUAUUGAUAUCGCGUCUAUCGGCAUUGUAUCCUCGAUCACCGGUGGAGAGCUCUAUUUCCACCCUCGAUUUGACCCUACGCGUGACAAUGUCGUGAUGCACUCGCAAUUUCGUCGCUUGCUUACCCGCGUGACGGGAUAUUCGUGCUCAAUGCGCGUACGCUGCUCGACAGGAGUACAUGUCACCCAGCAAUAUGGCAACUUCUACGAGAGCCCGUUGGGCGACCUCGAAUCUGGGACGUUGGAUGCCGACAAGGCUAUAUCUGUCGUGAUCGAGCACAACAAAGCGCUAGAAGACACCGCAUUUGCGUUCAUUCAAAGUGCCGUGUUAUAUACCACCGUAUCCGGCCAACGGCGCGUACGCGUGUGUAACCUUGCACUACAAGUAGCAUCGCUCGCUGGCAACGUUUUCCGCUAUGCGGAUCUGGACGCGGUAGCAUGCCACAUGCUGCGCGAAGCUAUUGCGAAGUUGCCUAACCGCACUAUCGCAAAUAUUCACGAGCAAUUGACCGAAAAAUGCGUGUCUAUCUUGCUGGGCUACCGGAAACAUUGUGCAGCAUCUGCACCACCUUCUCAGUUGAUCCUACCAGAAGCGUUGAAAGUGCUCCCUCUAUAUACCUUGGCCGUCAUGAAAACCAAACCGUUGAAGGGCCGUAAUGUCAAUGCGGAUGUGCGCAACUAUCAGGCACACAAACUGAUGGCUAUGGGCGUCCGGAGCACCAUGAAUCAUUUAUACCCGCGGCUGCUUGCUCUGCAUGAUCUUACUGAUGCCAUUGCACUACCGGAGCCGACCAUUGGUCGAAUCCGACUACCGUCCCUCAUGCGCGAUAGCUAUAUUUUCAUGCAGUCGUAUGGGGUCUAUCUCAUAGAUAAUGAGGAGAUGAUGGUGCUUUGGAUUGGUUCGGACGCAUCACCACAGUUGCUGAAGGAUCUGUUAGCUGUGGAGGAUUUCUUCCAGAUCAACUCACAUAUCACAUGCGUUCCAUCUUUGCAGACGCGUCUCUCGACGCAAGUCCGGAAUAUCCUCGCCAAUCGUUACACGCAGCGCGGAUGGACACCAAAGUUCAUGAUCGCACGUCGCGAUAUGGAUGCCGCAGAGAUCGAAUUCAGCGAUAUGUUGGUCGAAGACCAGAACAAUGCUGCGAUGUCAUAUCUAGACUAUCUAUGCCUCGUCCAUAAACAGAUCAACACGGCCCUCACAGGAGGAUCCGUGUCGACUAAUCAUAGUAGCUUCAAAGCAACGCCUUGGUAAUGAAUAUGGAUGUGCUGAUGGACAGAUCGUUGUGACGUCUGUAGACGAAUGAUUAUGCGUCAAUAAUGCGCCGUGCGUGAGGCUGACAUCUGAAUGGAUCAUUGC